UUUUUACAAGUAUCGACUGAUUCCGACUCGUUGUAGUCGCAGGUAGGGUACACUCCGCCAAAAUUAAUCGCCUCGCAACUCAACUCCUUUGAGUGUCGUGGAGUUGAGAAUUCUUUGUGAGGGAGCAAUAACCUGUGGAAAUGCUGCAGAACAAAAGUCUCGGAAGAAUUUUAUAUCGAAGCCUCUUUCACUCGGCCAGUUGCGGAGGGGCACUAUGGCACGGACUUGUUAGCGUGUAACACCCGGUGUUUGAGUCGUGGAAUGGAGUUCCGUUGAUUCUGUCCAGUCAGUAAAUAUUUUAUCGUUCGUAUCGUUCUCUUUUGCUACACAGUGAAAUAAAUCGGGACCACAAACAUCAUGGCAGAAAAUAUUAUCAUCCGGGUUCAGUCCCCGAACGGGAUGAAGAAGAUCCCCGCCACCAAGAAAGAGACAGCAGCCGCUUUCCUCAAUAAGGUGGGCAAAGAGUUUGGCUUCAACUCCAAUGGCUUCUCUAUCUUCCUGAACCGCAACAAGACUGAUGAGAUCCAGUCCCAGAAUAAGACCCUCAGCCUGCUCAAGAUCAAACAUGGAGACAUGCUCUUCCUGUACCCGUCGGGCUCCCCAGGACCCUCCGGAGAGACCAUGGACGUGGCCACCACUCACUCUUCAUCACUACCCUCAUCUUCAUCGUCCAUGAUGUCACGCUCCCACUCGGCACCCCACAUCCCAGAGGAUGAGAUUGACCAGUACCUGGCCAAGCAGGAGGGCAAGAUAUACAGGAACAAAGAUCCACAGCUGUGUCGGCAUGGAUCGAUGGGAAAGUGUGUACACUGCGUACCACUAGAGCCUUUUGAUGAAGAAUACUUGAGCCAUCUAGAUCCGCCUGUCAAGCACAUGUCAUUCCACGCCUACAUCCGUAAGCUGACAGGAGGUGCCGACAAAGGGAAGUUUGUGGCCCUGGAGAACAUCAGCUGUAAGAUCAAGUCAGGCUGUGAGGGCCACCCUCCCUGGCCAGAGGGGAUCUGCACCAAGUGCCAGCCCAGCGCCAUCACCCUCAACAGACAAAAAUACAGACAUAUAGACAACAUCAUGUUUGAGAACCACACCAUCGCAGACCGUUUCCUGGACUUCUGGAGGAAGACAGGCAGCCAGAGGAUGGGCUACCUGUACGGCAGGUACACAGAGCACAAAGACAUCCCUCUGGCCAUCAGAGCAGAGGUCGCUGCCAUCUACGAACCCCCGCAGAUUGCCACCCAGAACAGUCUGGAGCUGGUGGAGGACCCUAAAGCUGCAGCCGUGGAGGAGAUAGCAGCGAAGCUGGGCCUGCGCAAGGUGGGGUGGAUAUUCACUGACCUGCUCUCUGAGGACACCAGGAUAGGAACGGUUAAAUACACAAGGAACAAGGACUCGUAUUUCCUGAGUGCAGAGGAGUGCAUCACGGCUGGACACUUCCAGAACCAACAGUCUAACCCCUGCAGACUCUCACCCGACGGACACUUUGGGUCCAAGUUUAUCACUGUGGCGGCCACAGGUGGUCCUGAUAACCAGGUGCACUUUGAGGGUUACCAGGUGUCUAACCAGUGCAUGGCCCUGGUGAGAGACGAGUGCCUACUGCCCUGCCGAGACGCCCCCGAGCUGGGCUACGCUAAAGAGUCCAGCACAGAGCAGUAUGUACCGGACGUCUUCUACAAGGACAAAGAUAAAUUUGGCAACGACAUCACUUAUCUAGCCCGGCCUCUUCCCGUGGAGUACCUUAUCAUAGACAUAACCACCACGUUCCCCAAGGACCCCCAGUACACCUUCUGCUCCACACAACGCUUCCCCAUAGAGAACAGAGACAUCCUGGGAGAGACACAGGACUUCCACAGUUUAGCUACGUACCUGUCCCAGUGCACCUCCACUGUAUUCCUGGACAUUGUGUCGGAUUUUCACCUACUCAUCUUUCUGGUCACCAACGAGGUCAUGCCUCUCAGAGACAGCAUUGGUCUGCUGCUGGACGCGGUGAAGACAAAAGACGAGGAUCUGGCUCAGACUUGGAAGAAGUCUGAGCAGUGGGCCACCAUCGAGCAGCUGUGCAGCACGGAGGGUGGGCAGCCAUCGGGCCCUCAGGAGUUUGGUGCCAUGGGUGGGGGUCCCUCUACCCCAGCUUCCUCAUCAGCCAUGUGGUCCUGCCUCCACUGCACCUUCAUGAACCAACCAGGCACAGAGCUCUGUGAGAUGUGCAGCCUGCCGAGGGGUUAAACCCCAUCCCUCCUGUGGCCCCCUGCCCUGCUUCUCAAUCCCUUCCUUUACUACCCUAUGUCCAGCCCUGCCCACCUCCCCGCUUCCUUACGCACCAAUGACAUCAUUGCACCGGGAUUGGAUGUUUCCUCCUCUUGGCCCCUCCCCCUGACCCUCAGUCCCUCCCAUCUCAGACUGCUUAGAAAUGAUAAGCGCAAAAUGAAGGCACUAGUUUACAGCAAAUGAAAUUAUGUAACAAAGGUUGACUGUGUGCUCUCAAUCCUCUCUCUUUCUCUCUCUCUCCGCCGUGGCCUCUGACUGAGACUGGCUGGGACAUGUUUAGGUAAAAGCACUUUGGCAUCAAGUCUUCUUCCCUAUUUCUCCCUAUGGCCCCUAAUAAUUCUUCCAUGACCUGGCUCCCCAAAAAAUGUCUGUGCUUCAGGACAACGGCAAAAGAAAGACUCUAGAAUUUGGAUGUUAUAUCCCACUCACACCGACCAGUGCCCAUCCCCUCUUGCUGUUAUGACUUAUUCUGGAAAUUCUGUUGUGUAAAUAAUAUACAUUAUUAGAGGAAUGAUUGAUGCUGUUUAUUUAAUUACAUUUAAUUCCUGAUUGUAGCUACAGUAUAUAUCUGGACUUUUGAAUCAGUUUGGGUCAGUUUUGCGCCGUCAGAUGCUACAGUUCUUGUAGAACUCAUCCUCCCUUACAGUUGACAGUUAUCAGACAGUGACGGUCUAUCUAUAAGAUCUCUUCAUUGGCCCAAGCUUAGAGACGUUAAAGUGAUCUAUCAUACACAGUAUCAUAAAUCUAACUUCCUUUAUUUAGUGUUUUCUGUUGCAGGAGUGAUGUUUGUUCUCGGUUGCUUAGGCUUUUCCCCUUGGUUGAUGCCAUGCCCUCAGGAGUAAGUUUGGGAGAUGGCCUUUUGGGUUAUAUUUCUCAUUUGAAUUAGAACUGGCGUACAUGCUCAGUAUUUGUUAUAUCUCCAAUUGAAGCUUAUACUGUAUAGUAGACCAUGCCUGUUUUGAUGGCAGCUUUGAGAUGCUUACUUACAGUGUAGGUAGUUAACCCAGUAUCUCCCUCUUUCUCGCCAUAGCUUUUUCUGGCCUCUUGUCCUUUUUCGACUGGGGCCAGGGCGUAGAGAAUGGGUAAUAUCUUCUCUGACGGGCCCCCUAUGGAUCUCCAUCACUCUGCCUUCAAAGACUCCAUAGGUCACAGGUCAACAUAGUGGGAGAGAAAGAUACCUUAAUGGUCCAUGCCUUCCAGCAGGCCAAUGUGCUGUGCACCUGGGAUGGAGAGGAAGAAAGAUGGUGAGGGGAAAAAGAGAUUGCCAAGAAGGGGGGAGAAGGCAGGCAGUGUUGAGCUCUGGGUGUGUGUGCUUCUUAUACAUAGAACCAAUAUUUCCCUCCACUAAAAGCUGUAAAACUGAACUCAUUCCUUCGGUAGUAAUUUGAUGUCAAAUAACUGAUGUCCACUGCACAAUCAAUUCAGUAGGGAAUGUUUCCCCUUCUCAUACCCCCUUUUUGAGAUGCAGAUUACAGUGAUCCAGGUACACUAUAAUGUCUAUAAUGAGAAUAUGAAUGGGUUAGCGGGUAUCAUUGACCUUCCACACGAGCACUUAUUCCACAAGAGCUCUGUCAACACUGGGGGGUUGUGUGUUACUUCACAUAUAUCGCUGAUUCAAGGGAUUCAGCUUUAUAUGCUUGAAAUAAAGCGCUCAAACCUUUACACUGCUAUUUUGAUAGCAUUCAACUAAUUAAUUGGUUUGAUUUUCUUUUUUGGUUUGAUUUUACUCUAAUUUGACAUUGUAGAAGUCAGAUUUAGUCCAACAGAUACCUCAACUUUUUCCAGCCUUCAAGUAUUUCCUGAAGAGGGGCUUUAUUCAAAAUAUGUAGCGAGUGUCCCAAGAGGUUGGGCCUGUUACUUGAAUUUUUCAUCCAUUUUGGGGCUGCUAUCAGGAAAUGGUCAUUUUUAAGUUAAAAAGAAGAGGGGGGUGGCGGUCAUAGCUUUCAAAUUAUGCUAUUUAUAAAGAUUUUUUUAUAAGAGCUUAGAAGUAAUUUUCAUUGACGUGAGUAUAUAUUUUUAGUUUGUAGAUUAAUUUGACAAUGCUUUAAGGUUAUUUUGCCUGUUUCUAUCCCUUUCCCUCUGUGAGAAGAUCUGAAGAUCUGCUGAUGCCAUGCUAACGGAUUGAUGAACAGUACAUAACACAUGUCCUAGCUCUGGUCCAGGGGCUUACAUAUGGCUUGCUGAUGAAGCCGCACGUAAUGCCCUGGACCAGAGCUACAAAAGUCCCAACUUCCCGCUCAGAGCUGAAGAAUUGGACCCUGAAAGAAAGUUAUGAUACUGUACACCUGGAUUUAAAUUUUCAAUAUCAAAAAUACCAGUAAAACAAUAAAAAAAAUAAUUCCUA